AUGCCGUUCAGUUCAAGAGUAGUCCUGCUGGCUUUAGCAGCAACGACAGCUUCGGCACAGUAUGGUCCUGGUGGUCAAUACGGUCCGGGUGAAUCCAACAGCAAUGGCAACGGCAACAACAACUAUGAAAGCUCGGGCAGCGGGCGAGGUGACCCGUCGCAGUCCUUCAUUGAUGGCCGACAGAAAAUGCUCAUCGCGCAUGGCGUUCUAGCAUCAUUGGCAUUUGUCCUCCUCUUUCCUACCGGGAGCAUUCUUAUUCGUCUGGGCUCAUCUCGUGGCACAUGGCUCAUUCACGGCUUGUUUCAGCUCUUCGCAUACCUUGUGUACACAGCGGCGGCUGGUAUUGGCAUUUGGCUGGCUGGUCAAGCACCUGCACAGGUCGGCCUUCUUCACAGCUAUCAUCCAAGCAUCGGGCUGAUCUUGUUCACGUUGUUAUUUUUCCAGCCUAUCAUGGGCUAUAUCCACCAUCUGAAGUACAAGAAGCACCAACGCCGUACGUUGUGGUCUUACGGGCAUCUUUGGCUUGGACGAAUUGCUAUUACACUUGGAAUGAUCAACGGAGGACUUGGUCUUCUCCUUGCGUAUGAUGCACCUUUGGGAUUCGCGCCCAGUCGAGGCCAGGUUAUCGCAUAUGGUAUCGUCGCUGGUAUCAUGUGGCUGCUUUGGGUUACCGCGGCCAUUGUUGGGGAGCGGAGAAGGUCGAAUGCUGGAACGAAGAUCGAUGGCGAGUCCUCUCCAGCCAGUUCGUUAGCUCCACACAAAGAGCGCUAUGCACACCGCUACAACUGA